UUUAAAAUUUAAAUACCCCCGCGAAACUCGAACUUGUUGCUACCGGGUUGCUACUGACGCUUUGCGCGAUAUUGCUCUCACAUCUAGGUCAUUUGGGGAAACCCCAGAGAGGUGGCCAACCUCAUCUUGUAAUGAAAAUCAAAUAUAUGAUACACAUACAUUCGUAGAAAACAAUGGUAACAUUCAAAACAAGAAAUCAAAACACCGGCAAUCAAUUUUGAAUCAGCCGGCGGCAAGCGGGUGUGUCGGUCCCAUAUACUCGUAGGAUAUCACAGUAAAUAUUAUCAGUAUUUAUGAGGUUUCUUUAAAAAAAAAUAUUACCAAUCUACAAUUUUUCAUACCUUUGUUUUGGUUUUAUAUCAAAAUUGACUGGUAUUGUUUAAACUGUCUUUCAUUUCUAGCUAUCCUACAGUUUUUUGUGCACUCAUCUUGUGUUGUUGGUUUUGACCUUGUGUGGUGGUUUUAUUUGUUCUUACUGUACUGUACACACAUUUAAAUGCAUGGAACAGCAUAUUAAGUGUUUGUCAUUGUUGUGUCGAUUUUGUGGGAGGAGGGUUAUAACUGAAUUGGGAAAGAAGGGGCAUUCGUAUAGUGUAUCAACCUACCAUCAGAUAAUUCUAGAGAAAUUUAAUAUUGACAUUUCAGAGGACACUUUAGAUAUACACCCAAACAAAUUUUGCAGCACAUGCUAUUGCCAUCUCACAAUCAAGAAACCAUUACAUUGGACACCAAAAAAAUGGGACACACAUAGGAGAACAUCACACUGUCAUACAUGUACACAUUUUAAAGAAACACAAACACCAGGCAGACCAAAGAAAAGAAAAGCUGGUGGCCGCCCCCCUGCAACAACAACACCCCAGUCUCACUUUUCUCAAUUAGGAGUAUCACUAUCAGGAACAACAGACAAUCAAAAAUACAACAUCAAUCAAGACACAUUUCACAUUGAUAAUUCACUACAAUUCCUUUUGUGUUGUGUUUGUAGGUCUGUUGUGUCAUGUCCUGUCGAGUCACCUUGUAACCACCUGUUUUGUCUUGACUGUAUAUCGUCUCUCUUUGUCAAAGUGUCUGUUAGCUGUCCUCUUUGUAACAUUCAAUUUCAUUAUUCUCAAACACACACACCAGCCGCAUACAUCAUCACAUUACUACAAAAUCUUCAUGUUCAGUGUUCACAUUGUAAAACAUCCCUUCACUACACCCAAACAUCAGGCCAUUCGUGUCAUACUCGUGUAAACUGUGACCAUACAUACGCAAAAUGUACGCAAAUGGACCUCAACACCCAACAACGCCGGCAGAUAGCCUCUGAAUACCUCAAAUGUCAGAUGGCCAAGUCACAUGAUGGUAUGUCAGCCAGCAUAGGUUUAGCAGGUCGUGGAAAGGUAAAUGCAAAAGUCUUAUCUCCUAGCUACCGGUAGUUUAAAGUAACAAUCAUCAUCACAUAUUUCAAACUUGCAGAAGAUUUUGUGGAAGACGAACAAGUUAGGGUCUCAAAAUAUAUCAUUCUCUUUAUCAUUGUCAGUCAAAUUUAUUUCAGAAGUUUCAACAUUUAAAAAAGUUAUUUCAAUAGUCCCAGUAGAUUUGAAUUAUGCAAGGUUGAUCAGGUUGAAUUCACAUAUAAAGGCAAAUGAUUGGGUAUAUAUUAC